UCCUUUCUACAUGGAAUGAUUACUAGUAUUCCAUUCUCUUUUCAAACUGAGCUGUCGUUGGUUCUGCAAGAAUCAUGUUGGUUCCCUGGCUCGCCAGAUGCCCACUGAGACUAGUUAGAGCACAAUCCACAGUUGCCCACCUCAGGGCUGUCAUAGAGGAUGAGCUUGGAAAAAUCAAGGAGGCUGGUACUUGGAAGUCCGAGAGAAUUAUAACCUCUAAACAGGGUCCCCAUAUUAAAGUGGAAGGACGAAAUACAGGGAUCUUGAAUUUCUGUGCCAAUAACUACCUGGGUCUAUCCAGCCAUCCUGAAGUUAUACAUGCUGCACACAAUGCUUUGGAGGAAUUUGGGGCCGGGCUAAGUUCGGUACGGUUUAUCUGUGGAACUCAGAAUAUCCACAAGAGCUUGGAGGAGAAGAUUGCCCGGUUUCACCAUCGAGAAGAUGCCAUCUUGUAUAUCAGCUGCUUUGAUGCCAAUGCUGGCAUAUUUGAGGCAUUGCUAACUCCUGAAGAUGCAGUGCUGUCAGAUGAGCUGAAUCAUGCUUCCAUCAUUGACGGGAUACGCUUGUGCAAAGCUAACAAGUACAGGUACAAACAUAUGGACAUGGUGGAUCUGGAGGCCAAACUAAAAGACACACAGAAACACCGGCUGCGUCUCAUAGCUACGGAUGGCGUAUUUUCAAUGGAUGGCGAUAUUGCACCUCUUCAGGAAAUUUGCGCCCUGGCUAAAUGUUACAAUGCUCUGGUAUUCAUUGAUGAAUGUCAUGCUACCGGCUUCAUGGGACCAAAUGGACGAGGCACAGAUGAGCUACUGGGGGUCAUGGAUCAGGUGGCCAUUGUGAAUUCCACACUUGGAAAAGCAUUAGGAGGAGCAGCAGGUGGGUACACUACAGGCCCAAAACCUCUAAUUGAUCUGCUACGCCAGCGAUCCCGGCCUUACCUGUUCUCAAACAGUCUGCCUCCGGCUGUGGUUGGCAGUGCCAGUAAAGCAUUGGACCUUCUUAUGGAAAGUAAUGCUAUUGCGCAAUCAAUGACAGCCAAAACAACAAGAUUUCGCACAAAGAUGACAGCUGCAGGUUUUACCAUUUCUGGUAACGAUCACCCCAUAUCUCCUGUGAUGCUUGGAGAUGCUCGACUGGCAUCACAAAUGGCGGACGAUAUGCUUGAGAGAGGAAUUUAUGUAAUAGGCUUCAGUUUCCCAGUGGUUCCCAAAGGUAAAGCUCGGAUCCGUGUUCAGAUCUCCGCUGCCCACAGUAAUGAAGAUAUUGACCGUUGCGUGGAGGCAUUUACGGAGGUGGGACGCAAGCAUGGUGUGGUGUCUUGAUCAAGUAGCAGGUCCAUUGAGCCGUCCACUGCCUCUCAAAUCCAUCUGCAUUGCUACAAUAACAAGCAAGUUUCUAUGCAAUUUUUACCUUUUGGGUUAAACUCUCUUUUCUCGGGUUUUGUUGAUCUGGAAUCCUCCAACUGCAUUACAACCAUUAGCAACCUCAAUCAAGAAGCUUGAUCAUAAUAAUUGGUUUGUAGCCUUGUUGUAGACCUUAUGCAGGAACAAUUUAACCUCACUGGUAUUUAAUGUCUCUGGAAACUCGUGAAGAAAGCAACUCGAAUAUUUCUAGGUAUAAAUCUCUGGAUAAUAAAACUGCUGUUUGUUUUUUGUUUUCAGUUUAAAGAAACAAUAUUCUCCAUUAUUAUUGACCAGAAUAACCGAGCACAUUUAUUGUUUUGCUUAUGUUGUGGUGUAGUGCAAAAUAUCUCACACAAUACAUUUUGAUUCUUUACCACCCAUACUUGAUAAUGACUAUUGUUAAUGUGUGUGCAUUGUAACAUAUUUUAAUGUAGAGUUAGACAAAUCUACAUAUCCAUGUUAAUACAUAUGGGACCUUUUACUGAGAUUGUGUAUCCUUUCCUGUAAGGUGAGAUCUCACUUAAUCGUCUCCAUAGGUUGCAAGGGAGUAUGCUGUCUUUGUGUGCUGUUCAAGCAGGGACCUCUUUAUCAACUCCUCUGCACUCUCAUUCAUUGUCCUGAUUAGCAGUGCUGGGAGGAAGUGCUAG